GGCUGUUUGCAGAGAGAGGUAUAAAGGGGCGGACCCAGCGGACAGCCAGGGUGCAGGGAGCCAGCGGACAAGGCUGUGUGUCUGCCUCACUCACCAUCCUCGCUCUGCACCAUGGGCAAGGACAGGCUGCCCGGAGGCCCGAACAUCUUCCUCCUGCUCCUCUUCCUCCUCCCUGGAGACACGUCACCCACCACCGAACCGCAGUACAUGGUGCUAGUGCCCUUUCUGAUCCACACCAACGUUCCUGAAAAGGUCUGUAUCCAGCUGACCCACCUGAACGAGUCUGUGACGCUGAGCGCCACGCUGGAAUACGCAGGGGCGAACAGGAGCCUGAUCGCAGACGUGGUGUCGGAGAAGGACGUGUUCAAGUGCAUCCCAUUCACGGUUCCAAAGUCCAGCAGCUCAUCAGCAGCGUUUCUCACGGUGCUGGUGAAGGGGCCGACGCUGGAGUUCAGGAGCCGGAAAUCGGUGCUGGUCAAGAACUCAGAGAGCCUGGUCUUUGUCCAGACGGACAAACCCAUCUACAAACCGGGACAAACAGUUCUAUUUCGGAUCGUCUCUCUGGACGAAGACUUCCAUCCUCGGAAUGAGAAG